CAAGAACAAGAUUCAAGAAAGCCUCUCACGUUACGACUCCGUCCCCUCUGCUGGCCCAAAUUCAGAUUCAACCCAACAUCUUAGCAAAAGUUUUAUUUUCCAGCGGCUCCCGCUCUCAUUGUUUCUCUCAAUCGUCUACCCCGUAUACGUGCUCGACCAGCUCAGACGGACGGUCUUAAGUCUUAACCGACGACGCCGACGACAAUAACACUAUAUAAAUAUAAAACAGUGUGAGGGUUGAAUUGUGGAAUUGAAGGGCUGCGAAGAGAAAGAAAGUGAUGAGGAGGCAGUGGUCGGCGGCGGCGGUGGAUUUGAUAGCUUGUGGAGGCUUUGCGUUCACCAUAUUCCUACUCAAUUUCGUAUUGGUUUGCCAAUUGCUCCUCCUUCACCCACUUGUUUCGGCAUUGGAUGGCAAACCUGGUGAUGUUGCCGCAUUGUUUCAAAGAGUUUCAGAAAGUGUAAAAGUCAAGAAAUAUACUGAGGCCCUUGACGACCUCAAAGCUGCCAUAGAUGCAGAUCCGGCUCUUUCAGAAGCAUAUUGGCAUCAAGCAUCUAUUCUUCGUCAGUUGUGCAGAUACGAGGAGUCAGAGAAAAGCUACAAUAAAUUUCUGGAGCUGAAACCAGGAAAUUCAGCAGCAGAGAAGGAGCUAUCUCAGUUGUCUCAGGCUCGGAGUGCUCUGAAUUCAGCUUCAAAUCUCUUUGAUUCUGGUGAUUUUACAAAAGCUUUGGAAUACAUUGAUAAGGUGGUACUUGUUUUCUCUCCAGCAUGCUCAAAGGCAAAAAUGCUUAAAGUGAGGCUACUAAUAGCAACCAAAGAUUAUUCAGGUGCAAUAUCAGAGGCAGGAUACCUCCUUAAAGAGGAUGAAGAUAAUUUAGAUGCAUUGCUGUUACGUGGGCGUGCCUAUUACUACUUAGCUGAUCAUGAUGUUGCUACAAGGCAUUACCAGAAGGGUCUUCGUCUAGACCCUGAGCACGGUGAACUUAAGAAAGCAUAUUUUGGAUUGAAGAAUCUACUCAAAAAGACCAAAAGUGCAGAGGACAAUGCAAGCAAGGGAAAGCUUCGCCUUGCUGUGGAAGAAUAUAGAGCAGCACUUGCACUGGACCCAAAUCACUCUGCGCAUAAUGUAAACCUUCAUCUUGGUUUGUGUAAAGUCUUGGUCAAGCUUGGUAGAGGAAGCGAUGCUGUAUCAAGUUGUUCUGAAGCGCUUGAAAUUGAUGGGGAGCUUGUUGAGGCUUUGGUUCAGAGGGGUGAAGCUAAACUUUUAACCGAAGAAUGGGAGGGAGCUGUGGCAGAUCUGAAAUUAGCAGCAGAGAAAUCGCCUCAGGAUAUGAGUAUUCGUGAAGUGCUGAUGAAGGCAGAAAGAUCUUUAAAGUUGAGCCAGCGGAAGGACUGGUACAAGAUUUUGGGAGUUUCAAAAACUGCACCUGUCUCAGAAAUAAAAAAGGCUUACAAGAAACUUGCAUUGCAAUGGCAUCCCGAUAAGAAUGUUGACAAUAGAGAAGAGGCAGAGGCCAAAUUCAGAGAAAUAGCAGCUGCAUACGAGGUUUUGGGAGAUGAGGAAAAGCGUGCCAGAUAUGAUAGCGGUGAAGACAUAGAUGAUAUGGGUUCUGGAAUGGGUGGUGGAGGAUUUAAUCCGUAUGGUGGUGGGGGGCAACAAUUUACCUUUCACUUUGAAGGAGGGUUUGAAGGAGGGUUUCCGGGUGGUGGCUUUCCUGGUGGAUUUGGUGGUUUCCACUUUUAGCUGUGGUGAUGUUUGUAUUAUUUGCUUUGUGCAUCUGGAGAGAAGUACAGUAGGCAGAUAAUAUUCUUUGUAAGAAAUUUGAACUGACCGAAUGGAAGGUCUAUAGGGGAUUGAACAUGACAAUCAAUUUGUUGGCACAAUUUUGCUUGGGGGAUAUUUAGUAAUCCAGUAACAACUGGUCAAGGAAAUAGAUGAUCCCUUGUAUGAGCUGAUACCAGGUCCUUUUUAAUUGAUAAUCUGAGGAUCGGUUGGCUUGAUUGAUCCCGUUUUGUUC